AUGGUUGUUUUCCAGAACAAGAUCAUCUAUAUGCCUUCGGUCCCGCCAUUCUCCCGAUCGGAGAAAGUUAGCGAUUAUGCAUCGCAAUGCAAGCCUGUGGUAUGGGUAGAACAUGACCUCAAGGCCGCGGAUGGGACGGCGAUCAAGGUUUUAGAGGGAUCGAUUGAAGCUUCUGCUGAGCCUGAGGUGAAGAACCAUGUUGUUGUUCUGUAUUUGCAAGGAAACGCAUCGUCGUUGCCGCCUCGACUUCCCUACCUUUCAAACGUCUUGAAAAGCUUGUCACAAAAUCAAUCUAGUAAAAAGUACACCAUGGUGGCUUUGUCUUAUCGCGGUUUCUGGAAGUCAAAGGGGAGCCCAUCUCAAAGUGGGAUUGAGCUGGAUGCCGAAGCGGCCUUGGAAUGGAUACGAAGUCGGUAUCGUUGCGAAGGCACCAGGUUCGUGGUAUGGGGCCAGUCUAUUGGUGCUGGUGUCGCAACUGUGAGCCUGGCGAAUCUGCUGAGACACGAUAACUCAAGCCUUCAUGGAUUCUCUGGACUCCUCCUCGAAACGCCUUUCGUGGAUUUGAGAGAAGUCCUCAUCGCUCUCUAUCCACAGAAAUUUCUCCCUUACCGAUAUCUGUCCCCAUUCUUGCGGUCGACGUGGGAUAGCAAGACUGCUCUCCAUCAGAUUGGGAGGGCCAGACCAGAUCUGAGAGUAUUGAUGUUGGAGGCGGGCAACGACGAGAUUGUACCACCAGGACAAGCAGCCACCUUGGAGCAGAUCUGUAAAGAAGAAAAACUGGAAGUGGAUCGGAAAACUGUGGCUGGAGCAUUGCAUACCGAGGUAAUGAUCAAGGGUCAAGGUCGCAACCACAUAGUGAGGUUUCUUCGCUCCAUUUAA